AUGGCGGAUCACAGCGACGGCCCGGCUGUCGACAUUGUUCGAGAAGAUCCAGACGAGGAGGAGGAGGAGGAGGAGGAGGAGGAGGGGGAGGGGUUCACGUUCGCGGCGGCCGCGCGUGUGGGCGACGGGUGCGCGAUCGGGCCCGUGUACCUGGUCUUCGGCCGCCCGCGUUCGCCGGCGGAGGAGGAGGUGGAGGAGGAUGCCGGCACGGCGACCGUGCGGGUGCCGCUGAGGCAGCUCCUCCUGGAGGAGCGAGGGUCCUCGUCGUCGUCGGGGAAACGGCCGGACGACGACGGAGGAGAAGACGACGAGCUCGACGGGGUGCCGGUGGAGACCUACUGCCUGUGGUCGCCCGGGACCUCGCCGUCCCCGUCCCCGUCGCCGUCGCGGUGCCAGAAGAGCGGGUCGACCGGGUCGGUCCUGCGGUGGCGCCAGCGGCUGCAGGUGGGGCGGAGCCAAAGCGACGGCAAGGAGAAGUUCGUGUUCCUGCAGGCACAACAGGACGCCGCCGGCUCCCCCGGCAGCAGGGGAGGGACGGGGACCGGCGAGCCGCGCGGCCGGGGAGGAGUCCACGGCUGGAGCCACCGCGGCAGAGGGGGCAGCGGCAGGGGGAGCCCUGGGCGCAGGGCGUCGACGUUCCUCCCGUACAAGCAGGACCUCCUCGGGCUCUUUGCCAACGCCGGCGCCUUCCGCCGGAGCUACCACCCCUUCUGA